CUGUCCUCCAAGGAGGUAGUCACCUGGCUGAGGAUGGAGAAACAUCUGGCCGCCUUUACAGGCAAAUUCGGCCUCGAAGCGACGGUGCGAGCUCGCCACUACGCAGUAGUGUGGCAAAACCUGUCGACGGCUUUCGUUCCGAGCGAGCAGGCGUACCGACUGCUCGAAAAGGAGAAUGGCUGGGACGAACGAGAUCUGAUGGUGGUACAUUGGAUCAAGCCUAUUGACAAGCGCAAACUGAACCAACAGACCGCGUAUGCGAUCGCGAAGUUCAGUAGCGCGAAGAGAGCGAACGAUGUCAUCGUCAACGGUCUCAUGUUCUUCGGCCAGAGACUGAACGCUUGGCGUCUGGUCAAGGAGGCGCGGCGCUGCAUGAAGUGCCAGCGCUUGGAGCCGGGCCAUAUGGCCUCCGACUGUACGGAGACGGCAAAGUGUGGUACGUGCGCUUCCCCGGAACACACAACACAGAAGUGCAAGGUCCCUCCGGGACGCAAGCGCUGGUGUGUGAACUGCGAGGUGGCAGGGCAUGCGUCCUGGGAACGCCACUGCCCCUCGUUCAUGGAAGCCAACCACAAGAUCCAGCGUGCCAACACGCUGGAACAAUACCGUUUUUUCCCGAUUGCUGACGACCCAACUUCAUGGGAACCGCGCUACGUACCGGACCAGCUCCGCUUCCCG